ACAGUACAUAACGAAUUGGGUAGUUCAAAGCUUUAACAUAGGAAGAAGGGAACCAAUUUAGUGAUUAUACUUAUUUUUUAAUCUGAUCUGAUCAUACUCCAUAAUAAAUUAGGCAUUCCAGUUAGUAUCGUAGUAAUUCUAUCCCAAAAUUCAACUUUUCACUCCAGUGACCUUAAUGUAAGCCAUAUGACGUAUGCCCUUUACAAACAUGACCUAGUACAUCGCGUGUCUCUGUCUCACAUUAGGGAAGCCAUAUAAGCUGUUUCAACUCACGCAUCUCAAGAAACCCCCGUUACUUUUACCAGUGCAAAAAGGCUUUAUCUGCGAAGCUGAGAAGGCGGCACCAAAGGGAUAUUUCCUGCUUUUUCUAAUCUACCGUUUGUCGGGUGAGUGAGAGGGACGCCUAUACUCUCAGAUGCAGAACAGAAAGACCGGUGGUGCAAGUUUUUGACAGUACUUACGGAACUUCGCGGAGGCAGCUUCGUGAGAAUUAAAAUGUUUCGUGUUUAUUACGAUUAUAUUUAGUGUUUUUGUGUUAAAUCUCUGUAACAAUGUCUAGUUUUAGUGUAGUGAAGUGUUAGUGUAGUUCUAAAGUAAGCAAUAAUGGCAGAAGUGAUAUUCCAAAAACGCAAAGCGGCGACAGUGUUCAACGACCAGAAUCCACUGCUGAUACUGCUCCUGGUCUCCCUACUGGCGUCAUGCUGGGCCCAGGUCAUCAACAGGGCGCCACACUUCGUGCCCGGGGUCGGGGACAUGUCCCAAUUCAGCCUGCCCGAGGACACGCCUGUAGGGACACCGGUGUACCAUUUGAAAGGUGUCGACCCAGAAAACAGUCAGCUAAGGUACUCCAUAUCGGGCCAGUACUUCACAGUGGACCCCAUUACUGGCGUCGUCACCCUUGCCAAGACUCUCGACAGGGAAGAACAAGAGACACUAGAAGUCAUCAUCAGUAUAACUGAUGAAGGCAUCGCGAACACGGAGCCAAACACAGUGUCCUUGCGCCGGGUCAUACCCGUGAAAGACGUCAACGACAACCCGCCGAUAUUUCACAACAGGCCAUACAUUGUCAACAUUAGUGAAGCCACUCCUGUAGACUCGGAGAUCGAGGUAUCCCCACAAAUUUUGGUAACAGAUCGAGAUGAAGGAGAUAACGCAAGAAUACGGGUUGUAUGUUCGAUCAAAGAAAAAGGGAGCGACUCAGAGGCGUGCAAUACAUUCAGAGUAAUCACUGAAGCAAUAUCUGCCAAUGAGUACCAAGUCCGCCUGUACCUUAAUAAAGCGCUGGACUUCGAAAGUCGAUCUGCCUACGUGAUUAGCUUGGAAGCUAGCGACAAGUCGGACAAGCCUUUAAGAGCCUGGGCUAGUGUCUCCGUGGCAGUUCAAGAUGUGCAGGACCAACCACCUGCGUUUGUCAAUGCUCCAUAUUCUGCUACUGUGCCGGAGAAUACUCCACCGGAUACUAGUAUAAUGGAAAUUGCUGCUAAAGACGGAGAUUCAGCAAACCCCAGGCCAGUGUUAUUGACUCUCGAGGGAGAUACAGAACAAUAUUUCAAACUAUCCCCUGAACGUCCAUUCGGAAAAGCUAGUCUUGUAACCACAGAGAACCCUAUUGAUAGAGAAAGUGAUGUCGUUAUGCAAAAUGGAGGAGUUUACACAUUCUUUGUAAAAGCUACUGAAAUGAUUAACGGUGAAGUGCCAUCUGAUUAUACUGUCACUCAAAUUACAAUUAUAGUUACCGAUGUGGAUGACCACGUGCCACAAUUCAAUAAAGAAGUGUUUGAUAUAUCUAUACCGGAAAAUAUAGAAAAUGGUAGCCCAAUUCCAGGCUUAUCGAUUUAUGUCGAAGAUCACGAUAUUGGACAGAAUAGUAAAUACGACUUAAGUUUACGCGAUGUUUUUAACUCUGAAGGCGUAUUUUCUAUAAGCACUGAUCACGGCGAAGGAAGAACACCGAUUAGUAUAAAAGUAAAAGAUUCAUCAAAACUUGAUUACGAUGUUGAUGAUGAAGACAAAAGACUUUUUAGUUUCGAUAUAGUUACAUCUGCAAAUGGCGAAGAAUUGUCUUCAGCGAGGGUCAAUAUAAAGUUAUUGGAUAUGAACGACAAUGCACCGAUUUUUGAUAACCCCACAUACAAAUUCUUUGUGCAAGAGAAUUCUACAAUAGGUACUAAGAUUGGAGAUGUUCAAGCAAUGGACAAAGACUAUGGUAUUUUUGGUGAAAUCGAAUAUACCUUAACCGGAUUUGGUUCAAAUAUGUUUAAGACUGAUAAAAAUAAAGGAGGCAUCUACGUUGGACAAUUAUUAGACUAUGAGAAGCAAAAAAGUUAUAGUCUUACAUUGUUUGCUAAAGACGGAGGAGGAAAAGCUUCCACAGCAGGCAUCUUCAUUGAUUUAUUGGAUGUUAACGAUAAUGCUCCUAUAUUUGAAUAUUCUGAAUAUAGUAGAACUAUCAGAGAUGGAGCAACUAGUUUCGAACCUCAGCUCGUUGUUAGGGCUACCGAUGCUGAUGGGCCAACUCAAGGAGGCGGUCGAGUACGUUAUAGCCUUGAGUCAGAUAAUAGCAUAGCACACAAGGGAAACGUAUUCAACGUGGACGAGGACACUGGAGAGAUUUCCAUUAUAGAGAAAGUAGAAACUAUGGAUACUCCAAGGGGUCAAUACGAGUUAGUUAUGAGAGCAACUGAUUAUGGGCAGCCUCCUCUUUAUAAUGAGACCAGAGUUUAUAUCAGAGUAGGAGUGCCAGGAAAUCAACGACCAACUUUUAAGGGCAAUUAUCAUCACUAUAAGUAUACUGUAAAUCAACAGAACCCUGAUAAUAAUGAAGGUUUUACGUUCGAUUUGAACCCAAUGAAUUAUAAAGCUGUUAUAAAAGAAAAUGCAAAACCUGGAGAAAAUGUCACUCAAGUGAUUGCAAAUGAUCCAGAUGGCUUAGAUGAUCUGUUAACUUAUCACAUUAUUUCUGGAUCAAAAGACAAUUUUGCUAUAAAUGAAAAAACAGGCCUUAUCACUGUGUCAAGUGAUGCAAACUUAGAUCGUGACAUAAAUGCAGAUAAAUACGAAAUUAUUGUAUCAGCCGUGGAUAGUGGUAUGCCUAUUCCAGAAACUGCUACCACUACUGUUUUCGUAACUAUUCAAGACGUGAACGACAAAGCGCCUAAAUUUAAUAUGAACGAUGACACCACCUACAUUUCUGAAAAAGCAAAAGUUGGUCAUUUAGUAACAAGAAUGGUAGCUUAUGAUACAGAUGUAAAUGCUAAAUUGAAAUUCAGUUUAGUAGAUCCAAUAAAGGCUUUCUCUAAAGCUGGUGUUCAAUUGAAACCUAAUUCGCCAUAUGACUAUAAAAGAGCGUUUAAAAUUGAUGAAGAUUCAGGUGAAAUAUUGGUGAAUGGAACUUUAGAUUACAGUCAAGCAUCUGUAGUUAUAUUGACGAUUAAAGUUGUUGACAUAAAUGCACAGCUAAAUAAAGACAAACAAUUUGCAAUAGUUGAGCAUACGAUCUACAUUCAGCCGUAUGCAGAUAAAAAUCCACAGUUCACAAACCCAGGUUGGACAAGUUCAAACCCUAUUAUAUACCACAAAAUAAAAGAAGAACAGCCAAUAGGAAGUACAGUCUUAGUUUUGAUGGCUGAAGAUCCUAUAUCAGGCCAUUUGGUUUCAAGUUUUAAAGUUAUCAAUGCAGAAACUGGUUUAUUACAAGUUGAUCCUUCGAGUGGACAAGUGGUUUUAACAAAUAAUAUUGAUUAUGAACACUUAACCAGUCCUAAUUUAACUUUGACUGUAAAAGCAACGAGCAAUGAUGGUAGUAAGCACAGUGAAGCAAAAAUUAUUAUAGAAGUCAUGAAUUUGAACGAUAACGCCCCUGUGUUUGAUAAAGAGCUGUACAAAGUUAGUGUCCCAGAAUCAAUACAACACCCAGAACUAUUGGUAACAGUAAAAGCAAAUGACGCUGAUGCUGUGCUAACUGAGGAUGAUAAGAUCAGAGGAUUUUCAGAUGUGCGAUACCUGUUGAGAGGGGAAAAUUCUGAUCUUUUCACUAUUAACAAUGUUACUGGAGUUAUACAGGUAGCACCAAAUAAAACAUUAGACCGUGAGCGUCAAUCUGUUCUUCGCCUAGAAGUAGAGGCCUACGAUACCCCUAAUGGAGGUGCAGAAAGACUAAAGAGUACUGCAACUAUUCUAGUAGAUGUGCUCGACGUUGAUGACAAUACGCCUGCGUUUGAGAAGAAUGUUUAUACUGCUGUGGUACCAGAAAACGUUCCUAUUGGCAUAAGCGUGAUAAAUGUAACUGCAACCGAUCCAGAUGAAGGUUUGGGCGGAGAAAUUAAAUACGACUUUUUGGAUGAAGGAGAAGCCAAUGGUCUUUUUUCAAUAGACUCUACCACAGGCGAGGUGAAAACUCGUAAAGACUUAACCGGUAGAGGUCGCACGGACCCGUACCGGCUUCUUAUAAGCGGUACUGAUGGCGGUGGUCAUGUGGGUGACACGUCACUGUCUCUUUACAUAGGAGACGUCAGCGCUAAUGACGGUGUGCCGAGGUUUAUACGACCUGCGGUGGGAGAGGUGUUGAGUGUCAGUGAGAAUGCAACGAUCGGGUCACCAGUAUUCCAAGUUGUGGCGAGUGACCCCGACGACCCAACGCAACCGUCUGGUCAACUAUACUAUUCUAUACAACAAAGCAACGCUGAUGCCAAAACUUUUGCUAUAGAUACUCACACCGGCUUGAUAACAACAAGGCAAUCGCUAGAUCGGGAACGUAAAGCCUCGUACACUUUGGUAUUGCUCGUCACGGACAGAGGCCAACCACCGCAGCAGAGCACUAGGAUCGUCACCGUGUCCAUCACUGAUGUUGAUGAUCAUAAACCCCAUUUCGCAAGGAGUUUGGAUGACCCACCUCUGUUAAUGACAGUCAAAGAAGAAGUUCCCAUAGGAACUGUCAUUGGAGUGUUAGAAGCUAUUGACGAAGAUAUUGGCGAUAACGCUGCAAUAGACUAUGCCAUUACAGCUGGAAACGAAUUCGCACUAGUGAAAUUAGAACGAACAAACGAUAGCAAAGCGUUGCUGACUGCAGCAGCAAGGUUAAAUAGAGAAGAACUGUCCAGAAUAAUGCUUACGGUUAAAUGCUUCAAAUACGGAACCAGUCCUCGACUUAGCAAGUCUUACAACAGAUUGGACCCUUCAGAAAUCCAGAUCUUAGUCAAAAUCUUGGACAUUGACGAUCACCUGCCAGAAUUCGACAGCGCCAACAUGACUGUGGGAGUUCGAUUAAACGUGCCCAUUGACACGAUCAUUGCUACGGUAAAAGCAGUGGAUAAGGACCCAGACGCUUUGCCCAUAGUCUACAAGAUUGUCAACAUGAGCUUCGAAUCGCCAAUCAAAUCAAAAUCACUGAGCAAUAUCACAGACGUGAUCGUACUCAACAAUUCUACAGGGGAGAUGAAGAUUAUGAAAAACCUGAUACAUUAUGCCGAUGGAAUAUUCAGAUUGUUGGUCAGAGCGAACAACUCACAAAACCCAGAAAGAUUUGGCGAAAUCACAAUAGAGGUGGUAGUAGUGAGGGAGCGAGACCUCCUCCGACUGGUGUUGCCAGGAGGCACGCGCUCCAAGGUGAACCAGCUCCGCGACCGAAUGUCCGCCGCACUAGCGCCGCGCGGGCUCCGCAUGCAACUGCAUGACGCGGCACAUACCGCCUUCUACUCAAACCCCGGUCCAUGCUUCCAAUUCCGAAAAACGGAGUCUGGGGAGGCGCUGACUCCUAAAGCCAUGAAGGCGACCAUCCGCUCCCUGGGGACGGAGUUCCAGGAGAUCCUGGAGACUUACAACGUGCACAACAUCACGAGCUGCGGCGUGUCCCGCACGAAGCACUCCCCAGCGCAGCACGCGUUGCUGAUCCUGGCUGGCAUUCUGCCGGUCGCAGCCUUCAUUGCAACUCUUGUGCUGUGCUGUAUGCAUUCUAAUGCCAAGAAAAGAGCACGAUCGACUCUCCUACUAGCCCGCGAGCCGCCGCCCACUGCCCCAAGCAACAUAUCCGUUCCAACGAGGCUGUACGCAGAGCCGUUGUAUACCACAUGAGCGGCAAAAGAAGGAUCAAUGUCCGUUAUGUUUGCCAUAAAAAGAUAACCACUAGCACAAUGUGACAAAAGGCCGUUUGCAUUGCCUUGAACUAUAGU